UUCUCUCUAUCUCAUGGCAUCCGAUCCAAAGAGUUCCUGGAGCGAGGAGGAGAACAAGUCGUUCGAGCUGGCGCUGGCGUUGUACGACGAGGAAACGCCUGAACGCUGGCACAAUGUGGCCCGGGCCGUCGGCCGCGGGAGGUCUGCCGAGGAAGUGAAGCGCCAUUACGAGCUGCUCGUCAAGGACAUCCACCUUAUCGACUCAACCAAGGAGCCCAUAUUCCAUUACCCACCGACGAGGAGCCAAGGUUAAGACUGGGAUGUGAGUUCUUGUUGCUUCUCCUUCUUCCUCGUUCUUGUUUUGCCUUCCUGGCUAGAGAACUAAGUCUGCUUCGUAGUUCCUGCCUUGCCAUC